AUGAAAAGAGAAAUUCUGAAUCAAGUUUGCGAGAUAUUAGAUACGGAUAGCACUUGGGAAACCAUUGGUGAGACAGUAUUUCGCUAGAAUCAAUAUCAAUGUUUCAACAAUUUAGCUCCUUACAUGCCGGGCAUACAGUUGAGAGAUGUGGAAAGCUGUAAGCGUUAUGCAAGUCCCACUAAAAGUCCAACCUUACUGCUCCUGAGAAUCUGGUGUUCCAAAGGAUACACUACCAAUCAUCUUUAUCAACUAUUUGCAAAAACAAAACUCGUUCGUCUGAUGCGGCUUAUCAAGCCUGAAGGUAGUUUUCUCGAUCUAUUCGUUCGUACCGAAUUCAAUGUUUUCAGUCAAUGAAAAAUAUUAUUAUCUAGAAAAUAGGAUAUUAAACCCAUCAAAACGGUCGAGACCAAAUAUUCCAACUCCAUCCCAAAGUGCGUCCCGUUUCAAAAAGACCGAGUCGAAAGAGGCGUCUCCGGCACCCACACAGUCUUCCGCGUGAGCAUAGUGUACUUCAUUCUGUGUUCCAAUUCGUUUCUCAGGUCUUCGUCGCUUGAUCCUCUCCGGGUUGUCAUCGAGGGUACGUUGCCUGUCACUUAUUUCGAACUUUUGGAAGCCACCAGUGGAUUCUCGUCAUCCAUGGUGAUUGGAAAAGGCGGAUACGGAACAGUUUAUAAGGGAGAGCUAAAAGCGACCGGUGGAAUGGUAGCUGUCAAACGGAUUCAUGCAGGAAACGACGCUUCUCCUCAUGGCUCCAGAGUAGAGAAAGAACGGCUUCGGCAGAGUUUAACAGAACUGCGUACGCUGGCUCGUUUCCGGCACGACAACAUCCUUCCCAUCUAUGCAUAUUCUCUCGAAGGCCCAGAACCUUGCCUUGUUUAUCAAUUUAUGGCUAAUGGAUCGUUGGAAGAUAGGUUACUGUGCAGGGUGAGCUCUUGACCUUAUAUUUAGCCACUUCAUCCACCUGUUCCAGAAAGGAACUUUCCCUUUGACAUGGGCACAGAGGAGGGAAGUAAGCAUCGGUGCAGCUCGUGGUCUCCUCUUUUUGCACUCUUUUGCCAAAACUCCAAUCAUUCACGGAGACGUGAAAACAGCAAACAUUCUGCUCGAUAAGCACAUGGAGCCGAAACUUGGCGACUUUGGUCUGAGCAGAGACGGGCUUUCUGAAGCGGAGGCGAAUGAGAAAAGUCCUUUGAUUGCUUCGCACAUCAAAGGAACACUAGCCUAUCUUGCUCCCGAGUUCAUUACUUCCAAGAUUUUGACAACAAAGUUAGAUGUGUACAGUUAUGGAAUUGUUCUCCUUGAAAUUGGAUCUGGUCUAAGAGCCUUUUCGGACAGCCGAGAGCCACGUGGACUAGUUGAAUAUUGUCAUUCUCAAAAAGAGCAGGCCGCCAGUAAAGGCGUUCCCACCAGGGAUCUUAUCAUCGACCGAAGAGCACCACCUCUAGCCAAUGGUAUUCAUUUUUUUGUCCUAUCUAUUUUAUCAAUGCUUGUCAGAAUCCGAACGUGUCUUUCUGGAAACACUAAUUGAAGUCGGCCUUCUUGGAGCUCACAAUGAUCGGAAGCUUCGUCCUUCUAUGGCGCAGAUUGUGGAAUCUCUGUGCCAUUGUUCAUUACCUCAGAUCUCAAAGCUGUCACUGGGUUGA